AUGAUCUUCUGCUGCACCCGAAACUCGUCGCUUUCGACGGCGAAGGAGUUGGCUCGUCUGUGGACAUUGACCAAUCCUCCGGCCAGACUUUGGAAGGGACCUCAGAAGCAUCUCAACGCGAGUAACGAAGAGCUCAAGUCGUCACUGGCUGCCGGAGUGGCCUUUCACCAUGCAGGUCUAGGACCCGAAGAUCGCCAUACCGUUGAGACAGGUUUCAAAGAAGGACAUAUCAGCGUGAUUUGUUGCACUUCAACGCUUGCUGUUGGAGUUAACCUGCCAUGUCACCUGGUAAUCAUCAAAAACACCGUCGGUUGGCAAGAUGGCAGAUGCACAGAGUACUCUGACCUGGAGAUGAUGCAAAUGCUUGGGCGCGCCGGUCGUCCCCAGUUUGACGAUAGUGCGACAGCAGUGAUCCUAACGAAGAAGAACCGUGUCCCACAUUACGAGAGAUUGGUCCAAGGAUCCGAGAGCCUAGAGAGUUGUCUUCAUUUGAACCUUAUUGAUCACCUGAACGCAGAAAUUGGGCUUGGUAAUAUCUCCGAUGUUCAGUCAGCUGUCAAAUGGCUGGCUGGAACAUUCCUGUUCGUGAGACUUCGUCGGAACCCGACACACUAUAAUCUCAAGGAGGGCGCGAAGCAAGAAGACGAAGACGAAAUGCUACGCCAGAUUUGUGAAAAGGACAUCAGCAUGCUUCGGGAAUGUGGGUUGAUCGAGACAGAGUCUCUCUGCUCGACUCCAGCUGGCGAGGCCAUGGCUCGUUAUUACAUCCGUUUCGAGACUAUGAAAGUCUUUCUAUCGCUAAAACCAAAGGCAACACUCCAUGAAACUCUUAAUGCAAUCUCACUUGCGUCUGAGUUCCACGAAGUCCGGCUCAAGGCCAAUGAAAAGACCCUUUACAAAGAAUUCAACCGUGACGCUGGCAUUCGCUUCCCAGUCAAUGUUGACCUAGCCCUGCCCACCCAUAAAGUCUCCCUUCUGAUUCAAUCAGAAUUGGGAGCUAUCGACUUCCCCGAUGCCGAGGGAUUACAAAAGCACAAGUUCACGUUCAAUCAGGACAAAGGAAUCGUGUUCGCACACGUCAACCGACUCAUCAGAUGUCUAAUUGACUGCCAAAUUGCCCGCAGUGAUUCAAUCAGCAUCCGAAGCGCGCUCGAACUAGCUCGAAGUCUUGGUGCUCGAGUCUGGGAUCAUUCGCCUCUGCAAAUGAAGCAGCUCGAGCAGAUUGGAGUUGUUUCAGUACGAAAGCUCGCUGCUGCAGGUAUCACAAGCAUGGAGGAUCUUGAAAGCACAGAGGCGCAUCAGAUCCAAGUGCUUCUUAGCAAGAAUCCCCCCUUCGGAUCAAAGUUGCUGGCGCGACUGAGAGAGUUUCCCAAGCUCUGGGUUGCCGUGAAGAUGAGUCGAAUGGUGAAAAUGGAUUGUGUUGAUAUCCAUUUCGAGGUCGAGCUUGCGUUCAUGAAUGACAAGAUUCCGACGAUGUUUCAACGCAAGCCGGUUCAUGUUUGUUGCAUGACAGAAAGAUCAGAUGGUCAUAUGAUUGAUUUCAGACGUAUGAGCGCAAAUAAGAUGCAGGAUCGCCAAAAGAUUGAGCUCAGUGCCCAACUCACUGAUGCGGGCCAGUCAAUCUUGUGCCAUGUCAUGUGCGAUGAGAUCGCUGGGACAUCACGACAAGCCGAGCUUAAGCCAGAGUUAUCAGCACACACAUUUGCUAAAAUACGAGCAAAGGAUGCUGGUGCUUGCGGUGCAAUGAAUCGAAUCAACUCUGAACAAAGCAAUGCUGCUACCACUCCGAGCACCCCAAAAAGAAAAAGCCUGGUCUCUUCGACCCAAGAUUCUACUGCGAUCAACAAACCCCAGGUUCCGGAAGCCACCCAUUUCCGCCUUCACGAAGACGAAAUAUGUGAUACAGGGGAUCUGCAAGAUUUGGAUGGCUUCGAUGGGGAUGACUUAGAGCUCGAUGAUUUUCUUAAAUCCGAGGAUCACCGCAAGGAAGAGAAAAACUCCACUCACCAGGCAAAGCUGCAACUUAACGACGAAGAUUGGUUUUCAGUCAUUUCAAGCACACCAAGUCCGCCAAAGAAGAGUACCAAAGCUGCAAAAGCCUGUGUCUCCAAUGGAGAGGAUUGGGCCACAGAACUGGACGAACAGGAAGAGGAGGUAUACGAACCGAUUAGACUUGCAAAUGGGAAAUGGGCUUGCAAUCAUAAAUGCAAGGACAAGACCAGCUGCAAACAUUUCUGUUGCAGGGAAGGUUUGGAUAAGCCUCCCCCAAGGCCGAAAAAACGGAUUGCUCCUACAAUGCAAAAAGAAGAUUCUCUCAGUCAACUGACUAUUUCCACAAGUCUGACCAAAGCAACAGCCAACGCAGCAAAGAGUGGAGCGCAGACCACUAAGCAGCCUGGCCUCGAGUCCAAGAGUGCUGCCAAUAGCUUGAAACCGAAAACCCCCACAGCACAAAUCGCGAAAAAGCCAUCAAUCCAAGGAAGACUGGCUCUUGCGGAGAAAGAUAGGAACGUCAUCCUGGCAAAGAAGAAAAAUAUUCCCCCAAAGCCCCCCUCUAGUGACUAUGGCGAUGACAGCUUCGAUGAUUUGCCAACCCCUUCCCAGCUUUUGAUGCACGUCAGGAAGAGUGCCCCGAAGACACCACUGCCAGCAAGCGAGACACAGCAGAAGAGAGCAAGCCUCACUGCUUCUGAUCUGGGGGAAGAUUCAAUCAAGGACACCGAUCUUCAGAACGAAAAGUCUAAGUCUCGUCAACCUGACAAGAUCAGUCCAUCAACCCCCCAGGAGCACGAAAUAAUUGAAAUAUCAGAUGAUACACCCCCAAACGCUACGAGAAGCUCAAUCGCAGAGCUCGGAUCAACUGCCAUCGAACCCAACAGUUCCCAAGUCUCAGCAGAGAUAGUCCCCAAUGAUAAGAAACGCAAAGGAGGCCAGGAUGAUAACGAAAAUACCAAACGGUUCAAACGCAAUCCAUUUGUUCAGCCUUUCCAACUGCCAUCUUCACAGGCUGCAAGGUCCAACGAGGGGUCACCUGAGCCCAAUAACACCGAUCUCCCAGUGCCUCGCACCUGGCUUGACUUGAAUGCUGAAUGGCUCCAUGACGAUAUUGAUAUGCUCGAGGAGUUCAAGAAUAUUGUUGAUUUUAUUUAG